CGCCAUUGCACACAAAGUCAGAAUUUUCCAAGGUGAAACUUGUUAUAAUUUCAUCUCUCUGGGAACUUGAUGGACUGGAGUUGAUUCACGUUUAGUUCCUUAUAUGGAGAUGAUUCCCUGGGAGAUACACAUCAAUGGCGAGAGGUGCGCUGUGGAUCCUUGUGAUAGUUACAUGUAUUAUUGUCUAUCUCCAGCAUGCGUAUGGCAGCCGGGUCUGUGAUACACAGGUAUCAGAAAUAGAAGUGAAAAAGGAAAAACAGCGUCUGGAGUUUCCAAGCAACCAGAACACAAGUGGCAAUGUCUACCACUGCCGAUGGCGACUGACCACCGAGGAUGAGAAGUAUACCAUAGAGGUAGCGAUGCAGUCCGUUUUUAUAGGUCAUCAAGUUAACUGCUCCAUGUCCAGUCUAACGGUAUAUGACGGUCAUGACCCGUCAGACUUCCUCCUCCGACAGGAGUGCAGCAACAGGACAGAGCAAAUGGUGGUCAAUAGUUCAAACGAGUACGUCUACAUCGUGUGGCGGCUUCCUGAGGGAUUGACCACGUCCAAUACAUUUACACUCUGGUAUGCCGCUUUGGACAACGACGACAAGACCCACCGUUUUACAAAUACGACGGUUGCUGGUGUGAUCGCGGGGGUCAUUUUAUUCAUCAUAUUUACUUUGUCCAUCAUCAUGGCUGUCAUAUGUUGUUUAAGGAACAGAUCACAGACGGAGAUACGAAAUAUGCGACGGGAAGAUAGUACAGCAUGUUAGCAGAAUCCAUGGUGGAAUAUGAAAAUAUCAUUGUAACUGGUCCCUUGAAGAAUAAACAGUGAUUGUGUAACUCUGACAAUGGAGACACUUUUUGACGUCAAAAAUCGGUGUCAUCCAUCCCUGCAAGAUAUUUUUUCUUAGAAAUACGCCUGUUUGAUAGAUGCCGAGCUAUGAGUUCGUGAAUUCUACACAAAAUGAUAUAAAGUCUUCUAAUAAUUGUUGCAUUGCUAAUAUGUAUAGCAUCAAAGUGUCCAUGAUGUUUGCUUUUUCCGUUUUGAAACAUCAUUUUAUACAUCCAAUGAUUGCCUUUUAGGGCUUAUUAGAAAUGCUCAUGAAAAAUCACAUUUUCAUCUUGGGUUAAACUGCAUUUUUAGUAUAGUAAAGUUACAUAUAAAAUAUAAUUAAAGUUUGAAAUACAUCUUUAUAAGGUUAUGCAACACAUUUUCGUUCGAACAUUAUUCCAUUCCGUUAGCGCAUCUUGGAGAAUAGGUCAGGUAACGGUACAUGUAGUACUGUUAAUAUUACUGCACAUUUGCUUUUAUUGAAUCAUGCAAACAUUUUGAGUUUGGUACUGUUAUCUAGUGGCACUGCAACUUAAUUGUAAAUCUUUAACAAUACAUUACGCUUCGUUAUGUGAAAUGGAAGUGCUGUGUGAGGCUGAUUCGCAAGAAUGAGUUCAGUCCAGAAAAAAUAGCGAUUUAUCAAAUUUAGGCUUAUGACGAGGUCGAAGAAUGGGAAAUAUUGAGUAGUUCUGAAAAACUAAAACGUCAGAAUGGUUGAAAUUCCUCACCUGAUAUAUCAUGCAGAAGAAGAUAAAAGACAGGAGAUAACUUUCAGCAAGUGAUAUAACAGUCAAACUGACAAACGUUUCUGUUUUCUGACUUCUUUGUACAUAAUACCACAAUUCUUCACACGAUUUUGUUAUCAGUGCAUUGAGGCUAAAGCUUUGCAAUGUCAGCAGGGGUGUCGUUGAUUGAUUUAAACAGUACACUGCUACAUGAACUGUAAAAAUGUGGUAUUUUACUAAAUUGUUUGUCAUGAAGUAUGAUAUUUCCCUGAAUUGUUCAAUAAUAGUCACUGACUGUAGUGCCACCAGUGUGACAGUAGUUUAAAUGUUGUAAAUAUCUUGGAGUUGUCAAACACAUGUUUUUAAACACAAUGUCCAUUCAAACGGUAUUUACUCUUAUUCAAGUGUUUUUCAGUGUUCAAUAUGGUUAUUAUGCAGAUGUAAAUACCUUUAUUAUCAUGGUUAAUCGUGAGUCCAGGGUAAGAACCGUCUGGAGAGAGCGAGAAAUGUAAUGUUUUUGCAGAGAACGUAUACCCUUCUAGGGUGUAUGGACGUCGCCAUUUUGUGAACUCUCGUGACCUCUUGAACUGUGUCAGUCGGGGUCAAUUGAGUGUUUAUUCUGUUGUGUAUUGAAAGUAUUGGAAAUACGGGAAUUGUUGGAAAUAUGGGAUGCGUUGGAAGUAUUGGAUUGCGAGUCAGAGAGUGAAUAACGGUACGAAAGAGUUGUAGAUGUGGAUACUAUGAAAUACUAUAUAUUAAUGUUGAUUUGUGAAGUAUUUUUCAUACAAGUGCCAAAGUAGAUCGUCUUAUUUUAUUUGGGUUCAACGGGUACUACGUUGCCAGCAACGGGUGUGGCGCCGUUACCUCUUCAGAGUCCGCUGGGGAACGGGUGUUGCCCCGUUGAGCUCGUGCGUUGACCCGUCGAUGUUAGUGUUCUUACCAGGGGCGUAGAGAUUCCUUGGGGCGUUGGGAAAUCAGUUGCGAUCGGAUAUUCUUAGGGGAUGAUUUUUUUUGAGCUGCUGGUGGCUACUACACUUUUGGAUCGUUCCAAAACCGUGGAGCUGUCAGUAUGUUUGGUUUGUAGGAUAAGGAAAGCAACUCGUAGAAUAGAAUAUGGGGAUGGACGGGAGAUUUUAGUUUCUGUUAUUAUCGAAACUACAGUAGGGAUAAAUAGACUUGUUUUGUCCCCUACAUAUAUCAGAGGGUUCUGGUAUCCAGGGUUCAGACGUAGUUCUACCUUUAUUGUACAUCAUAUUGAUGAGAGAAUAUGGAGAGAGUCAGUAGAAUUGUUGUAUCUGUAUCUUUGUAAUUUGAUAUUGGGUUCCUUAAUAAACAGUAACCGUAAAGGUGUGCGUAAACUUA